CAAAAAUCAGCCCCCGCGCACGGGAUGGGCCGACCCCACAGGAACAGGACAGGACAGGACCAACCCAGCCACAGCCAACGGACCACACGGUACGAAGGCACGCGCCACCGGCCACACGGGCACACAUGGGGUCUGUUCUGUUGGUCUGGCACAGAUGGGCUAUACAUGGGCUUUUUAUGGGCUUUAUAUGGGCUUUCUAUGGGCUAUACAUGGGCUUUAUAUGGGUUACUAUGGGCUAUACAUAA